GAACGGGGCAGCUCGCCGAUUCCAAACCUUAGACUUUAAAAAACAAAACAAAACAACAACAAAAAAAAACCCAACGACGACAACAACAACAACAACAAAAAACCCAACCAACCACACACACACACACAAAAAAAAAAGAAAAAAAAAAAAAGAGAAAAAAAAAAAAGAAUAAUUUAAAAGCUCAUGCAUUACUUGACUAACAGACUUUCUUUUGUCCGCCAUGGUUUCUUUCCCACCGGCUGCUCGCGCUCGGUUACUUUUAUUUUUGGACGCCCCUCUCCCCCCCCCCCAACCUCCUUUAUUUUUCCAAAGGGGGUCCGUGGCCCCCAAUGGGAGCAGUUCCCCUUUCCUCCCCCCCCCAGACCCCCUCCAAAAAUAAAACGAAGCAGCAGCAGCCCCGAGCCGGACCUGCGGCCCGCACGGUCCUCUUUUCAUUUUGUUUGCACAGGGCAAGGCUUGAAUUAGUCCUAUUUUUCUUAUCUUUAAAGAUAUAUAUGAAUAUAUAUAAAAAUGGUCUUUAAAUAUUUUCUGCUUCCGGCCAUUCUCUCGGGAUCAUGGCAAAAAAAAAAGCCCACAACCAACCACCAAAAUCCCCACAUUUUCACCCAAAGGAGCCCAAAGUUCAUUUCCUAUGGGGGGAGGGGGGGGGGGGGGCAUCCCUUUUUCUCUUUAAUUUUCACCGUUUCCUCCAUUAUUUUUUUUUAGUGUGUGUCCUUUUUUUUGCCAUGAUUUCCCCCCCUCCCCUUUGGUUUUUUUUUUUUUGUUAUUUUUUUGUUUGUUUUUGUUUUUAAAGAGAAGAAAUGGCUCAAAAAAAAAAAAAAAAAACAAAAAGCGUUUAAUUCAAGCCCUGCCUUACGGAGUUAAAGAAGAAAAAAAAAAACGUAAAGAAAAGACAAAAAAAAAAAAGAAAAAAAAAGGAAAAUUUUUUUAGUAUUGUUUAGCAAAAAACAAUAAAACCCGAGAUUUUUUUAACCAUCACCGGUGUGGCGAUCUGGGUUUGUGAGGGGACACCGGGCCGCGCAGGAAGUCUUGCCCCUCGACUUCCGGCGGCGGGACUUCCGGCGCAGUGCGCAAGGAUUUCCGGCUCCUCCACUAGGCCUUCCGGUUUCAGGCCUCCCCGAAAUGGCGGCGGGGCGCGGGUGGAGGCGGCGGGCGCUGCGGCUGCUGACGGCGGGCGGCGGGGUGCUGCUGACCCGCUUCCCCUUCUGGCACUGCUUCAGCGGGCUGCUGCUGUGCGCCGAGCGGGCCGACGGGCGGCGGAAGCCUGACAUCCCAGUGCCAUACCUGUACGUGGACAUGGGGGUGGCCGUGCUGUGUGCCAGCUUCAUGUCCUUCGGGGUGAAGCGCCGCUGGUUCGCCCUGGGGGCCGCCCUGCAGCUCGCUGUGGCCACCUACGCCUCACACAUCGGCGGCCACGUGCACUACGGCGACUGGCUGAAGGUGCGGAUGUACUCCCGGACCAUCGCCAUCAUCGGCGGUUUCCUCAUCCUGGCCAGCGGUGCAGGCGAGCUGUACCGGCAGAAGCCACGCAGCCGCUCGCUGCAGUCCACAGGCCAGGUCUUCCUGGGCAUCUACCUCAUCUGCCAGGCCUACUCACUGCAGCACAGCAAGGAGGACCGCCUGGCCUACCUGAACCACAUCCUGGGCGGCGAGCUCACCCUGCAGCUCCUCUUCGUGCUCUACGGCCUCCUCGCCUUGGCCUUCCUCUCCGGUUACUACGUGCGGGUGGCAGCGCAGGUCCUGGCCGUGCUGCUCCCUCUGGCCAUCCUCCUCAUCGACGGUAACAUCGGUUACUGGCACGAGGCGCGCCGCGUUGAGUUCUGGAACCAGAUGAAGCUCAUCGGGCAGAACGUGGGCAUCUUCGGCGCCGUCGUCAUCCUGGCCACCGACGGCUGAGCGGGACUGCAGGCAGUGCAGGCAACGGCUCGUUUUGGUUGUUUUAUUUGAAGGAUCGCUAUUUAUUAUGAGGGGUUUUUUUUUUAAUAUGUAAAUAUUUGAUAAUAGGA